UUACGCACAGUUGUCUGCACUCUGACUUGAUACGCAGCCUUUUACGCACAGAUCCAACAUUAGGGUGAACUCUCCCAUACCUGUGGCCACAGCUGACCUUUCUUUUGCCGUCAAUUAAGGACACAAAAAGGGGAACAGGACAUGUUAAGGAUGUGGAGGGGACUCGCUGGACUGUCCACAUGUUGGUGUCUGCUGAUGCUGAUUCACUGUUCGUCUCAAGCAGAUGCAGCUUCCACAUGCAGCUCCAAUCGGUUUAUGUGUGGAAAUGGGAGGUGUAUCACCCCCAACUGGAUUUGUGAUGGGACAAACGACUGUGGUGAUGGAACAGAUGAACUGCCAGCAACCUGUGGAAAUAAAACCUGUCCGCUGACAAAGUUCAACUGUGGACCUCCCAUGAAUCAGUGUAUACCAAAAUCCUGGCAUUGUGAUGGCAGAGCUGAAUGUGACAAUGGGGCUGAUGAAAGAAACUGCACAGCCAAACAAUGCAGCCCUGAAGAGUUUCGUUGUGCCAGUGGCCAGUGUGUAUCCAAAACCUUUGUUUGUGACAGUGAGAACGACUGUCCAGAUGGCUCAGAUGAGGCUUCCUGCCCAAAACCCACCUGCAGCUCUCGCUCCUUCCAGUGCAACAAUUUAGUGUGCGUGCCGGCCCUCUGGCGCUGUGAUGGAGACCAAGACUGUGCCGACGGGUCUGACGAGUGGCCGGAGAACUGUGUGGGACAGCAGCCAGAGAAGAAGGCAGUGUCCUGCAGCGUCCACGACUUCCAGUGUGCAAAUGGACAGUGUAUCCCUGCCAGAUGGCGCUGCGAUGGAGACACGGAAUGCGACGAUCGAUCUGACGAGGUCAACUGCACUCGAUCUACAUGUAGCCCAGAUGAGUUUCAAUGUAAUGAUGGUGCCUGUAUCCAUGGUAGCCGCCAGUGCGACAAUGUGUUCAACUGCAGGGACAAAAGUGAUGAGAUUGGCUGCCACAAAGUAAAUGAAUGCGACGGUCCUACUAUGUUCAAGUGUCGCAGUGGGGAGUGUAUCAGCAUGGAAAAGGUGUGCAACAAACAGACAGACUGCAGGGACCGGUCAGAUGAACCUGUUAAAGAGUGUGAAAACAACGAGUGUUUGACCAGCAAUGGCGGUUGCUCCCAUGUCUGCAACGAUCUGAAGAUUGGUUUCAACUGCUCCUGCCCUGCUGGAUACAGUCUGAAAAUUGACAAGAAAACCUGUGAAGACAUUGAUGAAUGUGCUCAGCCAGACACUUGUAGUCAGAUCUGCAUUAACCUGCCCGGCAGCUACAAAUGUGAUUGUGAGGAGGGCUACGAGAUAGACCCUGUGAGCAAGACAUGCCGGGCUGAAUCAGGCACUGUGCCCACCCUGUACUUCACAGACAGACAUGAGGUGAGGAAGAUGACGGUGGACCGCAGCGAGUAUGUCCGUCUGAUCCCCCAGCUGAAGAAUGCGAUGGCUCUGGAUAUGGACAUUCCUGACAAAAUGAUCUUUUGGUCGGACGCUUCCCUGAAGAAAAUCUACAGUUCCAAGAUAGACGUGGCUGAUGACUCCUCUCGCCAUACUGUAGUAAUUGGCAGUGGGAUUGAGGCCCCAGAGGGCAUUGCAGUUGACUGGAUCCAUGGCAACAUCUACUGGACUGACCGAAUUUUGAAGACUAUCUCCGUGGCAACGACAGACGGCGGUAAGAGGAAGACCCUGAUCACAGAAAACCUGGAGAAGCCGAGAGCCAUCACAGUGGACCCAGUAAACAACUUCAUGUACUGGACAGACUGGGGCGAGGCGGCUAAGAUAGAGAAGAGUGGAUUGAAUGGAGCCGACCGCGUUGCCUUGGUAACAGAUAACAUUUUGUGGCCCACUGGCAUCACCCUCGAUUUGGUCAACCAGCGUCUGUACUGGGUGGACUCCAAGAUGCACACUCUCUCCAGUAUUGACGUGAAUGGAGGGAUGAGACACACCCUCAUUUUCAGCGAGGAAAUGCUCUCCCACCCCCGCUCUCUGGCUGUCUUUGAGGAGAAAGUGUUUUGGACAGACAUACACAACAAGGCUGUCUUUAGUGCCAACCGUCUGACUGGAAAGAAUAUCACUAAGCUGGCAGGGGACCUGAUCCAACCAGAGGACAUCGUACUGUACCACAAACUCAAGCAACCAAUCGGUAAGAACUGGUGCAGAGAGAGCAACAGUAUGAAUGGAGGUUGUGAGUUUAUGUGCCUCCCUGCUCCUCUGAUCAACCAGCACCCUCCUAAGUACACCUGCGCCUGUCCUGACCACAUGACCAUGGGACCUGACAUGAGGAAAUGUGUGACAGGAUCAAUUGUCCCUCCCGCUGAAAACAAAACUGAAGCUGCCCUCCCACCAAAAGCUCCCACCAAGCCUACUACGACGACCACUACAACCACCACCAUCAGAGCUACCAAAAAACCCACAACUACCUCAACUAUCCAGCCCAAAGUCUCCUCCACACAGAGCAUGCACGAGCCUCCUGCUUCUGCUCAAGCGAUCAACAGGUAUGCAGCCAUGCCCGCAGAAGCCAAGCAGUCGCGUUCUGUUGCUCUCUACAUUGUGCUGCCGAUAAUGGUCGUGUCCCUGCUGUUGUUUGGAGCGGCGUUGCUGUGGAGACACUGGCGUCUGAAGAACACCAACACCAUCCACUUUGACAACCCUGUGUACCAGAAAACCACUGAGGAUGAGGUGCACAUCUGCAGGAACAGUUCUGAUGGCUACGUUUACCCUCAGAGGCAAAUGCUGAGCAUGGAUGACAUGGAUGUUGCAUGACCAAGAGAUGUAGGAGACAUUGUUUCUAUCUGAAGUGAUUUUUUUCUCUAAUGCAAAGAUGAAGCAACAAAAGCCAUUUUUAUUCUACUGCUGCUGCUUAACAGCCCCUUCCCUCCCCUGUGACCUCAUUUUGUGGCUUAUGUUUCUGACCUCAGCACUGUGCCGUCCAAGUCCAAAGAGAGAACUGGAAAAAAUAAAAAUAAAAAAUGCAGAUCUUUGAAAGUGUGGUUUAGUUGGACAUAACAGAGCAUAAUUGCAAAAAGCCACAAAAUGGUUUCAGAAGAUGAUGUUCUUAAUCUUGGAGCUUUGACUCUUUUGAAGCCGAAUCUGAAAAUUGUCUAUAUAAGCAUUCUGUCAUUUUCAAAGAUACAGAUGCUUUCUUUCUCUUUCAUUACCUAAAGAAAUGUAACCUGUCUCUUCUGCAAAUUAAACUUGAAAAGCCUGAUCUGUGCCUUCCAUCCACACUCUGAUAGCUUAGUUCUGUUUAUGGGGGCUAAAACGAGCCUUACAGACUUUCCAAACCAGUUUCUGUGAUAGUUAAUGCCAGAUAGUGCUUUAGCCCUUAGUGGGAUGGCCUUCAUAAUUACUGUGUGGACUUCCUCUUUGUUGGCUCACAUAUCAAACUCAUUUGUUCUCUAUCAUCCUACAUCUAUCUAUACAUACGGUUCAGAGUAUGAAAAGCGACA